AUGUUCUUUUGUAAAAGCUGCAAGAUUUAUGUUUCAAAAUUGUCAUCUCACUAUAGAUCUAAUAUUCAUAAAUCAAAUCGCUUGUCGAAUUCUGAAAUUGAUAAUGUUCAAGUUAUUGCUUCUGCAUUUAAAAAAAGGAUUAUAAGUUAUAAAAUAAAUCCGAUUGUUUUCACUAUAACUCCCGAAACAUUUUUAAGCCAAAUUUCAAACACUGUGUAUAAUACCAUUAAAAAAUCCCUUAAAGAACAUAAAGCGAUAAAAGUAAAUUUUGAACUAUUUGUUUCUUACAUUUUGCCUAAAAAUGAUGAAAUAUCCAUGAAAUCAUUUAACACAAAAUUUAAUAUUAUAGUGCAAAGCACUGAUAUUGCUGAUAUUUACCGGAAAUGUUCUGAGAAAUUAACAUCAAAAUGUUCCGAGUUUGAACUUUCAGACUCUGGUUGGACAAUAAAUUUUAUAAGUCAUUUGGAAGUAAAUAUAAAUAAGUACAAUCCUCUAAGAGCUGGAACUUACUUACAGUUACCCACUGUCAUAAGAAAUACAAAAUCUUGUUUAAACAUACGUAACAAUGACAAUUAUUGUUUUUUGUGGUGUCUUUCAGCUCAUAUGUAUCCAACUGUACAGAAUCCUAAUCGCACAAAAUCUUAUCCUCACUAUACGAAACUAUUUAAUUUAAAUAAUUUAUCAUAUCCUCCGAAUUUUAAUGACAUAAAAAUAUUUGAGAUGAAUAAUCCAUUUAUAAGUGUGAAUGUUUAUGGUCUGGACUCUAAUAAUCAUGUAACAGGUCCUUUAUAUUUGACAUGUAAACGCAAGCUUAUCCAUGCUAAUCUGUUAUACAUAUUUCAAAAUGGAAAAGCACAUUUUUGUUUAAUAAAAGACUUUAGUCGCCUUUUGCAUCGUCAAUUAACUAAACACAAGUCUAAAGUAUUUUUAUGCGAUGAAUGUUUUUUAUACUAUGGCACAAUAAAUAAAUUGAUGAAUCACAACUGUGGUAGAAAACAAACCAUUUUACCUGAAGAACAUAGCAAAUUACAUUUUGUGAACUUUGAAAGAACUCAAAGUAUACCUAUUGUAAUAUAUGGUGAUUUUGAAAGUUUAUUAUGUGAAUACUCGGACAAAAAUAAAUCCAUUUUUACUGAAAGUGUACAAGCACAUAAAGCAUCCUCAUUUGCUUACUAUAUUUGCUGCAAGGCUAAACCCGACCUGAAUGAGUUUGUAAGUUAUAGAGGCCCAAAUUGCAGCCAAACAUUUGUUAAAACAAUAAUAAAUGAUGUCAAAAGGCUUCAUAAUAUUUUACAAGAAGAUAGGCCUAUGUUACCUCUUACCCCUGAGGAGUUAACUGUUCAUAAUGAAGCUACUACAUGUCACAUAUGUAAAACUCAAUUUGUUAAAAACGAUAAAAUUGUUAAAGACCACGAUCAUUUCACAGGUAAAUAUAGAGGUCCCGCACAUAAUAACUGCAAUUUAAAUUUUAAAAAAUGUCAAUUUAUACCAAUAAUUUUUCAUAAUCUCUCUGGAUAUGAUUCUCAUUUAUUUAUUAAAGAAUUAUCUGGUAUCCUUGGUAGAAUCAAUUUGAUUCCUAAAUCAAAAGAAAAAUAUAUCUCGUUUACUAAGUUCAUACCGAUUGAUAAAACAAAUACCGCUCAGUUAAAAUUUAUAGAUUCAUUUAAUUUUUUGAGUACUAGUUUAGAUAAAUUGGCAAAAACUUUACAUUCAAACGAUUUUCAUCACAUGCAAUUGUAUUUUCCUAAUGAAAACUUAUUUCAAUUAGUUCGUAGAAAAGGGGUGUACUGUUACGACUACAUAGAUACAUGGGAAAAAUAUAACGAAACUCAACUGCCUGAGCGAUCUAAAUUUUUUAACAAACUUACUGGGGAACAUAUUUCAACAGAUGAUUAUCAACAUGCUAAAAAAGUGUGGGACAGUUUCAAAAUAAAAAAUUUGGGAGAGUAUACGGACCUAUAUUUGAAAUGCGACGUACUUUUACUAUGUGAUAUUUUUGAAAAAUUUAGAGAUAUGAGUUUAAAUUAUUAUAGUUUGGAUCCGUGUUUUUAUGUUUCAUCCCCAUCAUUAAGUUGGGAUGCUAUGCUGUUACACACUAAAGUUGAGCUGGAAUUAAUUUCGGAUGUUGAUAUGUACCAAAUGUUAGAAGAUGGAAUUCGAGGUGGUCUUGCCCAGUGUUCACUGAGAUAUGCUAAAGCUAAUAAUAAAUAUCUAUCGUCUUAUAAUAAUAAAGAGCCAAGCUCCUAUUUAAUUUACCUAGACUGUGUUAACUUAUAUGGAUUUGCUAUGAUGCAAAAACUGCCUAUGCGUAAUUUUAAAUUUAUGAACGAAAAUGAAAUAGUCAAUUUUAAUGUCAUGAAUGUAUCUAAAAAGAGCAAACAAGGUUAUAUUCUUGAAGUAGAUUUACAUUAUCCAACUAGCAUUCAUAAUUCCCAUUCAGAUUUGCCUUUUGCAGCCGAAAAGUUUUCUCCUUUGCAAAGGCAAUGUAAAAAAUUAAUAGCAAAUCUGUAUAACAAAUAUCGUUUUGUAAUCCAUUAUUUACAUUUACAAGAGUGUUUAAAAAAUGGUUUAAUAUUACUUAAAAUACAUAGAAUACUAACAUUCUUCCAAGAUAAUUUUUUAGAGCCAUAUAUUUCAUUAAAUACAUCUCUAAGACAAAAAGCUAAGUCAGAUUUUGAAAGAGACUUUUUCAAAAAACAAAACAACUCUAUUUUUGGGAAAACGAUUGAAAACAAGCGCAAACAACUUGAUGUUCGGCUAGUUCAGGUAUGGAAAGAUAAAUUAAAUACAACUAACAAAUUACAUGGGGCUGAAAAAUAUAUAAGUGCUCCAAACUUUAAAGACUUGACAAUUUUAGACAAAAAUUUAGUGGCUAUACAGUUAAAUAAAACAAAAGUAGUUUUAGAUCGCCCCAUUUAUAUUGGAUUUUCUAUACUCGAAAUAUCUAAAACACAUUUAUAUAAUUUUCAUUAUUCGGUUAUGAAAAAGAUCUAUGGAGAUAACAUAAAACUGUGUUAUACGGACACUGAUAGCCUUCUAUAUCACAUAAAAACUGACGACUUUUACACUGACAUGAAAAAUAAUAUUACUUAUUUUGAUACAAGCAAUUUCGUAGAAAAUAAUAUAUAUGUAUGCCAAAAGCUAACAUGCAAUUACCGGGUUAUUUCAAAGACGAAAUGGGAGGAGAUGUGA